AUGGCCUGGGGCCUCAAGUUCCUGGCGGACAACCAAGGCGUUCAAGACAAGUUGCGAUUCGAACUCCAAUCUGCACACGCAGAAGAAAAAAAUCGCAAAAGAUUACCUUCUGCCGCCAAGAUUAUUGGGACAGCAGUCCACUACUUGGAGGCAAUUGUAGAAGAAAUUAUCCGUUGCUCGUUAACAGAAUCUGCCGUUAUGCGAACCGCCAUGGCUGACGUAGAGGUACUCGGCCAUCGAAUUCCGAAGGGUACCGAGGUGUUUUUCAUGGGUAAUGGGCCUAGCGUCUUCGCACCCCCCUUCGAAAUCGAGGAAUCGCUACGAAGCCCGAGCUUUAAUUCAUCCAAAGAGAAGAUUGGCAGUUGGGACACCACGGAUAUGGCCGCCUUCAAGCCGGAAAGGUGGCUCGUUGACGCAGAAGGUAGGAAAGCGUUCGACCCAGCCGCGGAGCCCCUUCUUACGUUCGGCUUAGGAGAACGAGGCUGCUACGGGCGGAAACUCUCCUACGUAGAGAUGAGAAUCUUUCUCACUCUCAUCAUCUGGAAGUUUGAGUUACAUAAGUGCCCUGAAAAGUUAAGUAGCUACGAAGCUAUCGACAAGAUGACCCAUGGACCGGCACAAUGUUACGUCAAGCUUGUGAAGGUCGCCCUGUGA